CUGAAGAAGAUUCACGCAGCAGCAGAUGCCAUCCUGGAAGCUCUGAUCAACGACCAUGUAGCCAAAAGAUCAUCAACAAAACAUGAUGAAGAAGAUGUUCUGGAUGUUCUUCUGAAUCUCAAGGACAAUAAAGACCUCGGGUUCCCUUUCGGCAACGCUGAGAUCAAAGUUGUCAUCCUCGACAACAGAGACCUCGGGUUCCCUUUCGGCAACACUGAGAUCAAAGCUGUCAUCCUCGACAUAUUCCUAGCCGGGAUAGAGACGUGGACUGUCACAGCAGGAUGGGUAAUAUCGGAGCUCAUGAAGAACCCAGAAAUCAUGGCAAAAGCACAGGAAGAGGUUAGACGAGUUUUCGAUGGGAAGGGAAAAGCAGAGGUGGAUGAAGCGGGCAUACAUGAACUACAGUAUUUGGAACUGGUAUUGAAAGAAACGUUAAGGCUACAUGCUCCCGACCCUUUGAUCGUCCCCAGAGAAUGUCAAGAGACGGUAGUGAUUAACGAAUAUCGAAUCGAGGCCAAGACAAGGGCCAUCUGUCGAGAUCCCGAUAAUUGGGUUGAUCCCGACACUUCUAAAACGUAA